AUGCCGCAUCCUGCUCCCCAGUGUGACACAGUGUGUCUUACCACGCUGCUGCUCCGUGGGCGGCAAUGUGGCCUUCCAACUCCUGGGCAAGAAAGGGCAGGGCAGGAGCUCAGGACAGGUGUCUAUGUUCUACGGUGGGCACGGUGUGGUGCAGCAGUGAGCGCGUGGCAGGCUGGUGGCGAGAUGGCGCGGUGCAGGAACACAAGGGGCAGUGCGGAUGGAAGCUGGUGCCUCACUCAUACGUAUUUUGGCCACAAGGGGUACCAGAGGGUGGAGUUGGACGUACCACAUUCCCCGGGCCAGUGGGUGGUGGAGGGCUUCGCGACGCACCACCACCACGGCCUCCACAUUCUCUCAGAGCAGAGUUACAACGCCACUCCACCACUUCUCAUGCAGGUGGAAGCCCCAUCCGUCUGCCGCAGGGGGGAACAGAUCGCCAUACGCGUGCACCUGUUCAACUCCCAGGCGCAGGACAUGCUGGUGAUGGUGGUGCUGGAGGGCAGUGACGACCACCGCUUCGUGCACGUGGAGGGGGACGCAUCUGUCAGCCAUUUCAACCCAAGACUCUCCCGCGGCGACCACCAGCACCUCAUCACGGUGCGAGGCGGCAAGUUCAUGGAAGUGGCGCUGCCGUUGGCCGUGAUGAAACAAGCUGGGGACUUCACAGUAACAGUGCGUGCCCUUUCCCAGCUGGUGACGCGCACUGCCACGCUGAAGAUCAAAGUGCAGCCAGAGGGCGCUGAGGUGAGGAAGCACACAUCCAUUCUCCUCGAUCUCAAGAACCGCGCCACUGUGUACGAAUUCUUCAACCUCCCAGUCGACCAGAGCCCAGAGAUCAGCAAGAGUAUUCUGAGGCGUUUUGUCUACGGGUCCCCAAGAGCUUCCGUCACUGUGUCAGGCGAUGUGUUCGGCCCAGUAAGAAGCGACGCAAUCCUCAACUUCCAGCAAGCUUUCAAGGGCCGUUUCUUCAAGAGUAAUGACGGCGUGGCGUUCAACUUCGGCUCAACGGUGUGGACUCUUCACUAUCUGCGCCUCACCAACCAGCUGUCCACUGCCGAAACAAAGAAGGCGUUUCAGUUUCUCAAUGUCCAACUGGCGGGGCUCCUCACUCGCUACAAGGACGGAGCUUUCAAGAUGUGGCACUUCUCUCAGCCCUCUGUGUGGGUGACGGCGUGGACUCUGCGGGUGAUCCUGGCGGCGCAGCUCGAGGACUGGGAGAACCUGGUGUACGUGGAACCGCGCCUCAUCACGGAUACUAUCGAGUUCCUGAUCAAGCACCAGGCCCCGGACGGCAGCUUCCACGAGACAGUGCACUACGAUAACGCCACGCUCUCCUACACCAUGAGCUUCAAGGGUUUGUCUGGCGGGGAUCCUAUGAGACCUCGCGAUGAGAACGACAAGCCCCUGGUGGCACUGACGGCCCUGGUGGUGACGCUGCUACGGGAGGCACUGCCCACCGUGACUGGAGAAGUGCACGGGAAGGCGGUGGGUGCCAAGCUGCGUGCCAUCAGGUUCCUGGAGCGCCACCUAGACCAGCUGUGGGAUCCUUACGAGGUUGCCAUCACCACCUACGCCCUCACAAUGGUGGCCAGCACGGAGAAAGAGGUGGCCCUUAAGAUUCUUGAGUCCAUGGGGAGGAAAAGCACAGAGGGAGGGCUGCACUGGUCACGCGACACGAUGUCCAGCAGCAACCGCCUCGCGCAGGACAACCAGAGGAGCUUCUUGCUGCCGAAGGAUCCUCAGGAGUGGGAUUCCUACGCCGUGGAGACCACCAGCUACGCCCUCCUCACCUUCCUACUGCGGGAGGGUGUCACACCGCGCGUGGAGUCCAUCGUGCGCUGGCUCACCUCCGUGCGUGACUGGGACAUGGCCUUCAGCAGCACUGUGGACACCGUGUUAGCCAUGCAGGCCCUCGCAGAGUACAGCCAUAGGGCAAGGCUUCGGGACGUGACCAACCUGGAUGUGCGCGUUGAAGCCUCCUCCUCCCCUGGCUUUUCCGAGGAAGUGCCCAUCACCAACCAGUCCAUCUCAGCCAGACACUCCUUCCCUAUCCCACGUCCCUGGGGUCACGUGUAUCUGGAGGCGCGUGGGUCAGGUCAGGCGGUAGCGCAGAUGGAGAUCACGUGGGGAGUUGACCUCGAUCAAUACCUGGAGAAGCCCCCUAGGAAGUAUUUUGACUUGACUGUAACCGAGAUUUACCCUCGCUUCAGGAACAAGUCUAUAAUUUACACGGAAAUUUGCACCAAGUGGACGGCAGUGGAGGUGUCCCAGGUGAGUCACGCGGCUUACCUGGAGAUCGAGGUGCCUACAGGUUACUUCAUCUCCCAGCCUGUAGCCAACGCCAUCGUGAAGAAGACCAUGGCAACUGACUUCCCGCAGCUCAUUGACGUCAAAGUGUCGCAAACCAAAUUGUCCUGGCAGUUUAGUUAUGUGCCCAGCGAUAAGAUGAAUUGCUUUAAUUACACGCUAAGACGUCACUUCCCAGCUGCAAACCUCACUACUGUUCGCUAUGCCUCCAUUUACGAGCUUUUCGCCCCAGAGCAUUUCGAGACAACAGUGAUCAACUCCACUAGUCUUGCCGCCCUUGACAUCUGCGAGGUCUGUGGCUCCUACCAGUGCCCCUACUGCCCUUACUACAGCGGCAGGGCUCCCCACCUCCACCCCUGCCUGUGCCUUCUAGUCCUCGCUGUCCUCUCACACUUCCUCUCCUUCAUUCUCGCGGCGCCAGCACUAACGGACCAGGCGAGAGGGAAAAAUCGGUGUUGAGAGUCUAGUGCAUUGGUAGUGGUAAUGGUGGUGGCGGACCAGUCGACCUUCAGUUGCCAGAGGUUCCUGCGCUGCUGCAUGAGAUAUUCUGUCUCGCCGCCGCCCUUGUUUAAUAAUAGAAAAAAAAAAAGACAGCCGGACUGCAUUCUUCAACGUUCCAGUGUCUUAUCUCGGGAACUUUGGAGCCCCUCAGUGGGAGUUACCUUGGUGUACGAGGAUGGAUGUUUUUGUGUCUUUAAUAAUAGUUUGACAAGUAUUUUUGUAUCACCAGCAGGACACUCAGUAGUGAACCUGACUAAUCAACCCUGUGGCCUUUGAAAAUGACCCUUGUGAUUGAUGCAGUGCUUCAGAUCACGAGUGCAGACGAUUACCUAAUUACAGACGCGUUUCAUCUCUUAAUCCGAAGCGAGUGGACUCAUGAAACGAAGCAGCAGCAGCAGCAGCAGCAGACUCGUUCACGUUCCCUGCCGACUCUGCCGCAGCUAACGUCCUUCCAAAACCUGCUACGCUAUUAGUACAAAUCCAAAGUAUAGGAAUAAAUGUUUUGAAUGUAUGAAUGUGAGUUUUGUUAGAUGUGUGUAGUGUGAAGAAAAGAAAAUACCAGAGAGAGAGAGAGAGAGAGAGAGAGAGAGAGAGAGUGUCCACCUAACUAUGCCUCCAAUAAGUGUUUUAUUCGGCCAGUGCAGCACAAGUUGAGAGAAACAGUGAAGAAGCCAGAUGUGUGCGGGAGCCUGCCAACUCUUCACAGGUGGCAGGUGAGGGGCGAGAUAACACAGGUAAUUGAUAAAAGAUAGAGUGAAAUAAGCAAAUAAAUAAAACAAAAUCAUCAUAUUGCGUCAGUGUAAAGUGUGUGUGUGUGUGUGUGUGUGUGUGUGUGUGUGUGUGUGUGUGUGUGUGCUUUUAACAUUUUGAUACUUACACGCUAGAAGUCAGUAGCUUGUCUUAUUAUUUUUUUUUCUAUGAACGUGUUGUAAAUUACUCGUAUGUGUGUGUGUGUGUGUGUGUGUGUGUGUGUGUGUGUGUGAGACCUUGCCCUUCUUUAUACCUUCCCUCCCCCGUAGUGUUGUUACGUCCUUAGUCUUUCUAUGAUAACUACUGUAAUAAACGUGUAGCAGCUAACCAUG